UAAAACUUUCUCUCUUUUUCUCUCUGUCUCUCUAUCUCUCUCUCCCCUCCCUCCCAGUUUGUGACUUAGGGUACUGAGUAAGUUUGUCUAUGUCAAGCUGAAGCAAUGAAGCAGAGAGUUUAUCUUACUGCUCUUCUUCUCUUCCUUGUACUUCUUAUUUCCUCCCCCCAUUUAACUGCUCGCUUCAUAGUAACUAAAAUGGAACAAGAGGAGGUAGAGCUGAAUCAAAUCACCAUAACAGAGGAUAUUGAACCCAUGACACAGCUAAUGGACAUGGAACCAUGUGACACUGGGGAUGAAGAUUGCUUGAAGAGAAGAGCAAUAGCAGAGGUUCACUUGGACUACGUUUACACUCAGCACCAAAAGCCUUGAGACUUCCACUAACAUGGAAUUAAUUUUAAGUUCAUGUAGCUUCUUAAUUUCUAUUUUCAGUUAGAAUCCCAUGUGAAGCCACUAGCUAGCUAGAAUGAUUUCUAUAUAUAUGAAUCUUUUACCAAUCUGCAAACUGUGAUAAUGACUCUAUAAGGUACGUUUAGAGUAUCAUUUUGUUGGAAAUUGUUGAAAGGACUCAUCAUCUACUCUGCAUAAAUGUAUCUUGUAUUUUACCAGAAAAAGAGGAAUAAACAUAUGUGAGCUCA